AUGUUAUCUCAUUCUCCAGAACAUGCUGUAGUUAUUUAUAAAUGUGUAACCAGCAGCUGCCUUUUCUCACAGGUUUUUUUCUCUCUCAAAAAUACUCUGAUAAGCAGCAAACAAGGAACAACCACAGGACUACAGGCACUUGGAUGUAUAUCUUCAAAAGCAGUACAGCAGGGAUAUAUAAAAAACAUGAAAAGCAAAUUAAUAGGAUUUCUUAUGAACUUUUGGAUUUCUUUUUCACUCGCUCUGUAUUUUCACAUGGGAGAAAGAGAAGAGAAAUGCAUAAUUGAAGAUAUUCCCAGCGACACCCUGGUAGUUGGGAAUUACAAAGUACAACGCUGGGAUUUACAUACACAUGACUUUCUUGAAUCUGCUCCUGGUUUGGGAAUGUUUGUGACUGUCACAAGCCCUACUGGUGAGGUACUGCUGUCAAAACUGUAUGGGCCACAAGGGACCUUUACUUUUACAUCCUACAUCUCUGGGGAGCACAUCAUCUGUUUCCAGUCUAACUCCACAAGAUUUGUGGUGAUUGCAGGAAGCAAACUGCGCACCCACUUGGACAUCAGAGUUGGAGAACAUUUUUUGGAUGAAUCUGCUAUUCAAGCCAAAGACAAAGUGAAUGAAGUUAAUGUCAGACUAGAGAAUCUAAUUGAGCAAAUUCAUCAUGUAACCAGAGAACAAGAGUAUGAAAGAGAGCGUGAAGAAAAAUUUCGGAAAACAAGCGAAGAAACCAACAGCAAUAUUUUGUGGUGGGCUAUAGUACAAACACUAAUCCUCAUCGCUGUUGGAAUCUGGCAAAUCAAAUCUCUCAGAGAUUUCUUCAUAUCUAAGAAGCUUGUUUAA